CUUUCAGAGACGCCCCUUACCUAGCUCGACAGACAAAUCAGUAAUCCUCAGAUUCCGACUGUGACAGCAUUAAGCUUUAAUAUUGGUGUACCGGGUGUUUAGCAUUGGCACAUUUUGUAAAUCGUGCCUUUAUGAAUUUACAUGACAAUACUACCAGACUCCAGACUGUCGACCAACUGACACCUUAUUAGCCGGCAGCAAAACAGACCGCUGACGGUACUCUGAGCUUGUUAGCCAGCUAGCCCAGCUGUCUGUACAAUCGAAUUGCUCUUUGUCUUUUCAAGCAAGUCAGCUAGCAGGCGUUGUUUCCUGUCGGUCAGCGAAAGUCGAAUUUUUUCAACUUUGUUUUGUUUAAUUUAAUUUUAUUUUAUUUGUUUGAAAGGAGUUAAGCUAACCAAGAUAGGCGGCUUGGGAACCAAGAUGUCGAAUCGAGUGGUGUGCAGAGAAGCGAGUCACGCCGGGAGCUGGUACUCUGCUUCGGGGCCCCAGCUGAAUGCACAACUAGAGGGUUGGCUGUCCCAAGCACAGUCCACAAUCAGACCAGCUAGAGCCAUCAUAGCACCCCAUGCUGGGUAUACAUACUGUGGUGCUUGUGCAGCACAUGCCUACAAGCAGGUUGAUCCCUCUAUCACUCGUAGGGUGUUCAUCCUGGGACCUUCACACCAUGUGCCCCUCUCCCGCUGUGCCCUGUCACCUGCAGACGUCUAUAGAACUCCCCUCUAUGACCUGAGAAUUGACCAGAAGGUUUAUGCUGACCUCUGGAAAACUGGGUUGUUUGAGAGAAUGAGUCUGCAGACAGAUGAAGAUGAGCACAGUAUUGAAAUGCAUUUGCCUUACACUGCUAAAGCCAUGGAGAGCCACAAAGAUGAAUUCAGCAUUGUUCCUGUGCUUGUGGGUGCGCUGAGUGAGUCUAAGGAGCAGGAAUAUGGGAAGCUGCUCAGCAAGUACCUGGCAGACCCUUCUAACCUUUUCAUCAUCUCAUCUGACUUCUGCCACUGGGGUCAGCGGUUUCGCUAUACGUACUACGAUGAAUCUCAAGGGGAGAUCUACAGGUCUAUUGAACAUUUGGAUAAAAUGGGAAUGGGUAUUAUAGAGCAGCUGGAUCCCAUGUCUUUCACUAACUACUUGAAGAAGUACCGCAACACCAUCUGUGGUCGUCAUCCAAUUGGAGUGCUGCUAAAUGCUGUGGCUGAGCUUAGAAAGUCCGGUUUAGAAAUGAACUUCUCUUUCCUGAACUACGCCCAGUCAAGUCAGUGCAGGAACUGGCAGGACAGCUCCGUGAGUUACGCUGCCGGGGCGCUCAUCGUCCAUUGAGGUCAACUUCUGCAGGGGCCAAUGCAACACCGCCACCCUGCCCUUACUAUCUAUCGCCAUAAACCACCCCAUACAACCCCUUUUGCCCCAUCCCUAAGUUACACCCACUAUUUGAAGGAAGGACCUAAACACUUAAAGCCAAUACAGUUCUUUUCUCUGCUUCUCCCUCAGCUCUUCUUCUUCCAGCCUCCUCUCAGUUUGAAAUGUCUCACAGAGCUUUUGGUUGAAACAUUUUGCUUGAAGUGCAGUUUGGAAAUUAUGUAGGAGGAAAAAGCUAGCAGAGAUGAGAUUUGUCAAUUUGAAUUGGAGGAAGUGUUUUUUGGGGGGAGGGGGGGGUUUGGAUCUUGUCUUUUUUUUUUUCUUUUUUUGCAAGGACUGUAGAUGUCCUCUGACUACCCCUUUUUUUUUCCUUACAACACAAAGGAUUUGACUUGUAAAAAGGCAAUCUUUAUAUUUGGACUCAAUAUGUUCUGUUGUAUUUAGCCUCAGAAAAGGAAUUAAAAUAAAGCUAUAAAUAUUAAUGAAGGAGAAUUUUCAGAUGUUGCCUGAUAAAAAAAAAAAAAAUGAAAUGAGUCUUUUGAUUGCUUCAAGCUCUGUGCAACUUUAAAGUUUGAAAACAGAUUCAUAGGUAAUUGCUACUAGUGCUCAGCAUACAUUGUAGUUUCUAACAAAGGGCUGCAUCCAACAAAGUUCACUAACUCCCUGCUGUACAAAACCAAAAAAAGAAAAAUAUGUCAUCAGAUUGGUCUAUUAAAUAUAUUUUAUUCUUUUUAAAUUAUUAUUUGUAGUAGUUAAAUCAGACAUGAUGGUAUUUACUCAGUGUGUAGAUGCAGUGGCUGUUACUUCAGUGGUAAAGCUCUAACAUGGUUGGCCCAGUGGAUGAAUGUGUGUGACAGUGAUCUGGGUUUCCAGUCACACACUUAUAGCAUUAAAGAGUGGUUUUUGCAGGGGGCCAGGCUACAGUUGUGGGUGCUACAGAAAUAUAAACAAAGUUGGAUUUUGUGUAAACGGACUCCCAGCACGGACACCUCUAGUCUCUGUUUACACUGCCACUUUGAAUCUCUGUAGUGAACUGAAAUGUCAAAUUAAUAGGCUGAUUUCCUAGACUUGUAUUAAAUGUCUGUUACACAUUAAGUUCUGCAAAAGCAGCAAAGCUUUUGUUUUAGGUCUAAACAAAAAUGCAAGGUGAGAAUUUCCAAGACUUCUUAAAUUAUAGGAAGUAUAUUUGUGCUGGUGUCAUUUGCAACUCUUUUUAUGUUUUGAUUGAAGAAUGCCCAAAAGAUUUAAGUAAAAUAUUUUUUUUCAUCCUUAUAUUUGAUUUCAAGUCAUGAAAAUAGUGAGUCCAUACAGUACAAGUAUCAAUUAGAUAAACUCACUGUAGAUAAAACAAGUAAUAGAUGCCACAAGUACUUAAAUUAGCUUAAUGCCAUAAUAGUCUUCUGUAUGUUUGCCCUUGAUUAUUUUGGAUUUCUUGUAAUGAAUACUAUAAAAAAAAAAGCAUAGAUAUUUGCUUAAAGAUCAGUUAAGUAAUAAAGUGGUUGCUGCCUGAAACUCAUGUUUUCAUGGUGAACAGACUGCAUACGGAGGGAAAAUAAAGACCGGUGGUUCUUAGUAGCAGUUAAAAUGAGCAGCACCGUGUAUGCUGUCCUGUCAUGGGAGAUUUGAAUGUUACUCAUCUUUGACUUUUACCACUGAAGUCAAAUAUUCUCAUUUAGCCAUGCAGGCGUCCGACAGCAGUCCCUCCCUCCUGGCGCCGAUGAGAUGUCGCCUUUGCCACUGAGCUGUUGAACUAAGUGUGUACAGACUGAAAGAUGAAUCACCAAAUUCACUUGACCUCUAAGGCUAAUUUAAGGGAAUCUAGCAAAGCAUGACACACUGUGCUAUUGUGCCUUUUAUCACUGUUGCACAUGAACAUAUAAAGCGUAUUCUCACUUUCAGUCUUAUUUUAGAAUUUGUUCUUCAGGUUUUUCUUGUGUUUCAAUGUGUAACACCCCCCGCCCCACCUUCCCUUUUUGCAGACAGUCUAACUUUGUCUCCAGUUCAUCCAACACACCCAAGUGUAUGACCUGUCUACCCAGUCUGUUGGUCUAAAAUGGCACCAACUGUUAUCUCCUUUCUCCAGCAGGGAGUGGUGUUCUGUUUUGUCACACAUCACCUCAUACCUGUAGGAGAGAGAGAGACGAAAGCUAAACCUCCACACUGUUCAUUUUUCUGUUUAUGAGUAUUUGUUUGUCGUUUUAGAACUGGUUUUUGUAUUUAUUUUUUUUCUUUGGUUAGAGAAUUGGAUCUUACACGUCAUAUACCUAAAAAAUACUGCUUAAUUACUCCCUUAAUGGAGUUUUUUUGAUCUCAGGUUCCACUGACAAAGCAUCCCAAAAGGCUCUUCACAAAAGGCCGAGGAUUCAUGUUACAAAA